CCACUGAAGGAAAGUAAAAUGUUCAGUCUUAUCUGCUAGGAGAGGCGGCCUCGGUGGGCAGGGUCUCUGCAAGGGCUGCUGGCUUAUAAGCCGCUCACAGCUCAGGGAGGAUCUCUUUCAAGGCAUUAAGGGGAAAGCCUUGUGGAAGACAGGCUCCGGCACCAGGGCUGCUGCCAAGAUGCCUCCUCUUUUAAGGCUCCUGCUGCUGUUCCUCAGCCCGGCUGCUGCCUUGGAAGCCAGUCUCUUGCCCCCUGAGACUAUACCCAGCGAGCAAGGGGCUGUCUUUUUCGCACAGGACUACAACAGCACAGCUGAGAUAAUAGUCAUGUUCAAGAGCGUGUCUGCCAGCUGGACUUACAACACCAACCUGACCGACUUCAACUCCAACCUGCAGAUCAUGGCCUCGCUGGAGGAGCAGAAUUUCACCGAGGCCUGGGGCAAGAAAGCCAAGGAACUCUAUGGCCCCAUCUUCAGAAAUUUCACAGACCCACAACUGAAGAAAAUCAUCGGCUCCAUCCAGACCUUGGGGCCUUCCAACCUGCCCAUGAAUAAGCGGGAGCAGUACAACACCAUUUUGAGUGAGAUGGACAAUAUCUAUUCCACUGCCAAGGUGUGUCCUCCACACCAGAUGUCCAACUGCUGGUCAUUGGAACCAGAGUUAUCUGACAUCAUGGCCAAUUCCCGCAGCUACAAGAAGCUGUUGUAUGCCUGGGAAGGGUGGCACAACUCUGCUGGCAACCCGCUGAGGUCCAAGUAUGAGGAGUUUGUGAAGCUGAGUAAUGAAGCCUACAGGAUGGACAAUUUUGCAGACACUGGUGCUUACUGGCGCUCCUGGUAUGACUCACCCACUUUUGAGGAUGAUCUGGAACAACUCUACCAUCAGCUGGAGCCCCUUUACCUGAACCUGCACGCUUUUGUCAGGAGGAAGCUGUAUGACCGCUAUGGUGCCAAGUACAUCAACCUCAAGGGACCCAUCCCUGCCCAUUUGCUGGGCAACAUGUGGGCUCAGCAGUGGAACAACAUCUAUGACAUGAUGGUCCCCUACCCAAACAAGCCCAACCUAGACGUCACAAGCACCAUGAUUCAGAAAAACUGGAACGCCACGCACAUGUUCCGGGUCUCAGAGGAGUUCUUCACUUCCCUGGGGCUUCUGGGGAUGCCCCCAGAGUUCUGGGCCAAGUCCAUGCUGGAGAAGCCAACGGAUGGGCAGGAGGUGGUAUGCCAUGCCUCAGCCUGGGACUUCUACAACCGCAAGGAUUUCAGGAUAAAGCAGUGCACCACAGUCACCAUGGAGCAGCUCUUCACCGUCCAUCAUGAAAUGGGGCAUGUUGAGUACUAUCUGCAGUACAAGGACCAGCCUGUCACCUUCCGCAGUGGGGCCAACCCUGGCUUCCAUGAGGCCAUUGGCGAUGUUAUGGGCCUGUCAGUCUCCACCCCCAGCCACCUCAAGAAGAUUGGGCUCCUUGACCAGGUCGUCCAGGAUACAGAGAAUGACAUCAAUUAUCUGCUGAAAAUGGCCCUGGAGAAGAUUGCCUUCCUGCCCUUUGGGUACCUUAUUGACCAGUGGCGCUGGAACGUCUUCAGUGGGCGUACCUCACCAAACCGCUACAACUAUGACUGGUGGUACCUGAGAACAAAAUACCAGGGAAUAUGUCCUCCUAUUGCAAGGAAUGAAACCAACUUUGAUCCUGGUGCAAAGUAUCAUAUCCCUGCCAACACACCCUACAUCAGAUACUUUGUGAGCUUCAUCCUGCAGUUCCAGUUCCACAAAGCCCUGUGCCAAGCUGCCAACCAUAAAGGCCCCCUGCACACCUGUGACAUCUACCAGUCCAAAGAAGCUGGAACAAAACUCAGUGAAAUGCUGAAAGUUGGUUCUUCCAAGCCAUGGCAAGAAAUCCUGUUCAGUAUGACUGGCACCAGUAGGAUGGAUGCUGGGGCACUGUUGGAGUACUUCAAACCUGUGACAGAAUGGCUGGAGCAACAGAACAACAAGACCCAGGAAACCCUGGGCUGGCCAGACUUUGAGUGGCGCCCACCUGUUCCUGAGGGCUACCCUGAGGGCAUUGAUAAAAUAGCGGAUGAAGCACAAGCUAAAGAAUUCUUGGCAGAGUACAACCGAACAGCUGAAGUGGUGUGGAAUGCCUACACCGAAGCAUCCUGGACAUACAACACCAACAUCACUGAGCACAAUAAGCAGAUCAUGCUGGAAAAAAACCUGUUGAUGUCCAAUCACACCCUGCAGUAUGGCAUGAAGGCCCGGCAGUUCGACUACUCUGACUUUCAGGACCAGAGCGUGAAGCGCAUCCUUAAGAAGCUGAGCGACAUUGAGAGGGCUGCAUUGCCCAAGAAUGAGCUGGAGGAGUACAACCAACUUCUCUCGGACAUGGAGACCACAUACAGCAUAGCCAAGGUCUGCAAAGAUAAUGACAAGUGCUAUCCACUGGAUCCUGACCUUACCAACAUCCUCGCCACCUCAAGGGAUUAUGAUGAGCUCCUCUUCGCCUGGAAGGGCUGGCGGGAUGCCUCUGGGAAUCAAAUCAGAACCAAAUACAAGAGAUAUGUGGAGCUAAGCAACAAGGCAGCCAGACUCAAUGGUCAUGCAGACAAUGGUGCCUUCUGGAGAUCCCUCUAUGAAACACCAACCUUUGAAGAGGACCUAGAGAAGCUCUACCUGCAAAUGCAGCCCCUGUACCUCAACCUGCAUGCCUAUGUGCGCCGAGCCCUCUACAACAAAUAUGGGAAAGAGUACAUCAACUUGAAGGGCCCCAUCCCAGCCCACCUGCUAGGAAACAUGUGGGCCCAGUCAUGGUCUGCCAUUUUUGAUCUGGUGACACCUUUCCCUAGUGCCACCAAAGUGGAUGCCACCCCAGCCAUGAAAAGCCAGAACUGGACCCCCAAGAGGAUGUUUCAGGAGUCAGACAAUUUCUUCACCUCUCUGGGCUUGAUCCCCAUGCCCCAGGAAUUCUGGAACAAGUCCAUGAUUGAGAAGCCAUCGGAUGGGCGGGAAGUGGUGUGCCAUGCCUCAGCCUGGGACUUCUACAACCGCAAGGACUUCAGGAUUAAGCAGUGUACGGUGGUGAACAUGGAUGACCUGAUCACUGUGCACCAUGAGAUGGGCCACGUCCAGUACUUCCUGCAGUACAAGGACCAGCCCAUAUCUUUCCGUGAUGGAGCCAACCCUGGCUUCCAUGAGGCCAUUGGGGAUGUCAUGGCCCUGUCAGUCUCCACCCCUAAGCACCUGCACAGCAUCAACCUUCUUCCUCAGGUUGAGGAUAAUAUGGAGAGUGACAUCAAUUACCUGAUGAGCAUUGCCUUGGACAAGAUUGCCUUUGUGCCUUUUGGCUACCUUAUGGACCAGUGGAGGUGGAAGGUGUUUGACGGGCGGAUAAAGGAAGAUGAAUAUAACCAACAGUGGUGGAACCUCAGGUUGAAAUACCAGGGGUUGUGCCCACCUGUGCCCAGGUCAGAAGCUGAUUUUGAUCCUGGUGCCAAGUUCCACAUCCCUGCCAAUGUGCCGUAUGUCAGGUACUUUGUCAGCUUUGUGAUUCAGUUCCAGUUCCACGAAGCCCUCUGCAAAGCAGCUGGACACAUUGGCCCCUUGUACAAGUGUGACAUCUACAAGUCCAAGGAGGCAGGGACCCUCCUGGGGAAUGCCCUGAAGCUGGGCUUUAGCAAACCCUGGCCAGAGGCCAUGCAGCUUAUCACGGGGCAGCCCAACAUGUCUGCAGAUGCCCUGAUGAUGUAUUUCGAGCCGCUGAUGACCUGGCUGGUGGAUGCGAACAAGAAGAAUGGGGACAUUCUGGGCUGGUCUGAUUAUGACUGGACACCAUAUACAGCUCGAACAGACUCGACAAUCAAUUUUCUGGGGAUGUCUCUGGAUCGCAAUCAAGCCACUGCUGGCCAGUGGGUCCUGCUUGUUCUGGGACUGGUGCUGCUUCUGUCCACCAUUGUCCUUGGAGUCAAAUGCUACUCUGCAAGGCGGACGGCCUACAAAUCCAGCUCAGAAAUGGAACUGAAAUAAGUGAUUCACCUUCCCAUUUCCCUGCUGUGUGUGCCAGGUGCAUGUGUGUCUAUACACAUGCGUGAGUACUAACGUGUGUAUGUGUGCAAAGGGCAUGUGUGUGCAGUGUGUACACAUUAGCCUGCAGCCUCCAUGUGUGUGCACACACACAAGGGCCUGGAGCGUGAAUGCAAAGUUCAUAUGGGUACCUGUGUGAGCCUACUGUGUGUGUAUGUGUAUGGCCUAUGCACUUACAUGAGCCUUACAUAUAUGAGUGUGUGUGUGCGUGUGUGUGUGUGCUUGAGAGAGAAAGAGAGAGAGAGAGUUCUGCAUUAUGCAAAGUGUGUGUGUGUGUAUGUGUGCGCACAUGUGCCCACACAUGGGCCUGGUUCAGGUGGAACAUGUUCACUUGCCUCAUGGGCAGCUGAGGCAAGAGUGCCAACAGGUGCAUAGGACUUUUUCUUCCAAUCAGGUCAAAACUCUUUGACUAUGCAAGAGCCAAGUGAAAGGUAAUUAUUUAUUCAUAAAUGUCUGGAGUCCAGGAGGAAAAUUUACUUGAGAUGACAAGCGGGGUCAUGGGGUUUCAGCUCAACCUCCAGCUGAUUGGCCAGUCCUAAUCAAUGUUGCAUCAGUGAAUUCCCUAAUAAUCCUAAAGGUGUUUGGGCUGGGGAGGGGGCUCAGGCAGGAUCCCAGGUGCCACCUCUGCAGCUCUGAUGGUGGGGACCCAGAGGCCCAUGUUGGCAGUGGGGUGUGUUCAAUGCAAAGGGAGCUGUUUGCUUCCUGACAGUUUUUCUCCUCCCAGCACAGCCACUGCUGACUGUUUGCUUGUAUGGAAGAAAAUAAAAAGUGUCAUGUUUUCUCCCAGG